UUCUAUAUUGGGCGCUUCUCGAUGUCCAGGCUACGGCAGCAGGUCGACGUUGUCUUCCAACCUGGGUGCCUAUGCCUCUUACACCUCUUGCUGAGCCUGACCUGGAACCGAAAAUGAACUGGGCGUCCUUUUAUGCCGUCCUCAGCGGCGUAAACAGGCACUCCACGGGCAUCGGCCGCAUCUGGCUCUCCGUCCUCUUCAUCUUCCGCAUCCUGAUCCUGGUGGUGGCGGCCGAGAGUGCCUGGGGUGACGAAAAGGCGGGCUUCACCUGCAACACCCAGCAGCCGGGCUGCGACAGCGUCUGCUACGACCAGUUCUUCCCCAUCUCGCACAUCCGCCUGUGGGCUCUGCAGCUCAUCCUGGUCUCCACCCCGGCCCUGCUGGUGGCCAUGCACGUGGCGCACCGCCGCCACAUCGACAAGAAGAUCUUCAAGAUGUCGGGCCGGGGCAGCCCCAAGGACCUGGAGCAGAUCAAGAGCCACAAAUUCAAGAUCACCGGAGCUCUCUGGUGGACCUACAUGAUAAGCCUGCUCUUCCGCAUCCUCUUUGAGGCCGCCUUCAUGUACAUCUUUUACAUGAUCUACCCAGGCUACAAAAUGUUCCGGCUGGUCAAGUGUGACUCCUACCCCUGCCCGAACACGGUGGACUGUUUCAUAUCCCGUCCUACCGAGAAGACCAUCAUCACCAUCUUCAUGCUGGCCGUGUCCGGGGUGUGUAUUCUGCUCAAUAUCGCUGAGGCGCUCUAUCUAGUGGGAAGAGCAUGCAGCAGGCACUUCAACAAUGCUGACGACUCACCCAUGGGAGCUUGGAUCACCAAAAAGCUUUUUAGCUAAACAAGACCAGCAUCCAGUCCUUGCUACUAACAAGGCUUAACUGGCUUUAGUUUGGACCCAACUCUGCAAUAAUCUCAUGCCGCCCUGUGGGUUGGAAUAUUUUACCAGAGGAAAUAUUUUUAUCCGUUACGGCAUGGACAGGUAAAAACUUGAAGUCAUACCACAUCUAAUAAUUUGUUUAAUUUAUUCAUUUCAUUUAUUCAUUGAAAUUAUUUAUUAGGUUUUUUUUUUUUUUCAUUGAAAAGGCCUCAUGCAGGAUGGUUUCCAGUGCUUCACAGAUAUCAGCAACCACCAGUGUAAGCCUUAGUAGCAGAACUAUAUGACUAUAUAGCCUUGCAGUUCACUGUGUGAGUUGUAGUGGGACUGUUGGGACAGUCUGGAUUACAGGGAACCAAGGACUCGGGCUCAAAAAACUCAAAAGUGUUUUACUGGUUCUUGAAAACAGCAGAGGUGCUGGACAUUACAGGAUUACAAACCAUUUUUAUGAAGGUUGUGUAAAGGUAACAGAACAAGAAAAGAUAUUAUUCUUAAGAAAAAACUUUGUGUCAAUGUAAACCUACAAUGCAGUACAUCUAAAUGCAUUCAACUGAAUUUAUGUAAGCAGAGAAAUGGGAAUAUAAAAUGUGUAUGCUGUCACGCUGGUAGAAACCUUGGAUGACCCUAAGAGACCCGUUGUCUGCUGAACUGCAGUGGCACCUACGUGUGCAUGCAAUGAUGUUUAUGUUUUCAUGUGAUCGCACCCCUGCCUUGAGCCCAAAUCUUACAGCAGAUUUAGCAGCUGCAGUAGUGGACCUCUGCUUCCACAGUAGGUGCCACUGGGCAGAUAUACAGAUAUAUGCCUUGAUACAUUGGAGGUCCCUUUCAGGAAAGGGUGUCAGUGCUACCCAAGCUAUUCGUAGCAAAAAGUCUAUCACACAGGUUGCUGCAUUUAAAUAGAAAGCUACCCAGUACAAUACAUUGGUUUUAAAUGGAUAUGAGCCUCCAAAAAGGUGUGUUUGGAUUGUGUUCACCUGAAAUACAUUUGAUUUUGCUUCAACUAAUUUAUGAAUCACUCAUCACCUGUUAUCACAUUGGUAAUUUCACCCAUUCAUUUCACAAUAUAACACUUAUCAUUCAUAAGACGUGAACCCAUUCAUUUCAUAAUAUGACAUUCAUCAUUCAUAAGACAUGAACCCGAUGGAUUGCAAAGCAAUAAUGUCUUGUGACUUAAUUCAUAAAGAGGGAAGGGGUUAAAUAUGAAAUAAGUAAUUUAUAGUUGAAUAAAUGUUUUUUGUAGUUAAAACUGCACAAUGGAAAAGAAAGGAUUGAGUACUCUACAGUUCAUAUUUUUAAUGAAUUGAAGUCGCAGUGUCAUUUACUUCACAGACAGGAAUGUUCAGUGGGGUGACAAAAAAGUGCUUAAACAUAAACAUAUGUUUAAACAUAUGUUGUUCAAUAUCACCCACCCAUAUAUUGACUGAACAUUUACUUAUAAGUAUUCACUGUCAGAAUUUUACAAUAGUCUUUCUUAAGUAUUUUUUGGGGGUUGUUCUCAGCCCUUGAAUACAGGAUUCAGAGGUGUAUACGUCUUCCCUUUGGUGAAUAACUUCAAAUGGGUGAUUUAACAGUAAAUCUGUGUUGAUCAGCAAGUUCAAAAUACCUCCAUAAUCCUUCAAACCAUGCAUUUUCAUAGGAUACACUUAUGUCUGAACGUACUGUAUAAUACAAUAAUGUAAACACUGUAAUGUGUAACUAGUGAUUUGAUAUGUAUCAUUAAUAAUUGAUAUUAGUUUCAAAAUUCAUAUUUUUUAUUUUGAUGGAAUGGAAUAUAAAUUAUUUAAUAAAUUAAUUUGUGACAUGGUACAAACAGUUCUAUUUUCCUCUAACAAUGUAAGUUCAAUGACAAUAAUUUUCAGGAACUUUUUUAUAAGACUUAAACAGUCUGAAGAAAUGGCGGUCGCUCAACAACAGGGCAAGGGUUUGAUCAACACCCAGUGGUUUGAGCGAUGGGAAGGCAGAAUUCACAAAAGCUAUACUAAACUCAGACGGCUGAUGAAUGUAUAUCAAACAAUGGCACAACAGGUUCACAGCACACCCAGAACAUUAAGCUGUCAAUAUUACAAGGGCGGCCUGUAGUGUAGUGGUUACAUGACUGGGACAUGCAAGGUUGGUGGUUCUAAUCCCGGUGUAGCCACAAUAAGAUCCGCACAUAACCCUGCAUUGCUCCAGGGGAGGAUUGUCUCCUGCUUAGUCUAAUCAACUGUACAUCACUCUGGAUAAGAGCGUCUGCCCAAUGCCAGUAAUGUAAUGUACAACAUUUGGUGAAAUAACAGAGAAAUCAAAUCUCCCACUUGAUACUGUUCCAGGCUUAAUAAGGAUUGUCGGAUUCUUUUCAAUUGUGGAAUACAGCAGGAAAACAUUUCCCAGUGUAACAUUAAACUAUGCUAAAAGUUUCUGGUCAAUUGCUACAAAUUAUGUUGAUGCAGAGAGAAGUACCUUGCUAUAAGCAGGCUUUCACACAUCAAUGUCAAAGUCAGUUCUUAAAAAGAAUAUUACAGUAAUAAUAAUAACUACGUUAUUGCAUAAUGUAUAUGCAGUGUUUUCAGUAUUGAAUUAUGAGAGUUAAUAUGCUGAACUAUGUAAUUGUAAAGGAUGGCCUCUGGAGACUUUCGCCUUCAGAUUUUGGAUUCAUCUUUUCAAAUAUUUUCUAGUUGUGAUGAAAUACAGGACCAUAUAACCAAUAUCAGAGGCAUCUUUGUAUGAGAAUGUAAUGGCGAAAUAUAGAAAAUACCAAUGGAUGAUUAAUUGAAAGGACAAUGGGUAGUUUUUAAAAUGUGUUUUUUUUGUUCAGUGUUUUAUUAGCACUGAUAAAUGUGAAAUGUGCUGUCAAAGUUUAAAAGUGCAAAGAUGCCAUGCAGUGUAACAAAAGUGUUAUUAAAAAUGUUAAAUAUAGUAACAAAACUAUGGAUUUCUCAGCAUGAUUUUGUGAGGCUGUAUAACUGUACACUAAAAUAUUGGAAGUAAAA